AUAAGUUAUCUAAUAGCAUUAUUGUAAGUCGAAGUCCGUAUUGGCGCGGAGAAUUUGAGCGAUGACGAAAAUUCGACCUGAUCCAGAAGUGGAGACUGGUCGCAAUAAGUUAUUCCGGAUACGCCCCCGUGUGCGUAUUGUACAACAAAUCACCGUGGCCACGGUGGGAGAGAGGCUUUGUCCGUGAAGAAGGGUGUGAUGUAUAAAAGACACUGAAGUAAUCGGGAAUAAACAUCGCAGUUGUCGCAGCGAGACAAUCACCUGCAGUCAAAAUGAUGGCCAAAAUCUUUGUUUUCAUCGGGGUUCUCGUGGUCGCCUGCUCCGCUGGAGUGGUUCCUGCGAUUCCAGCGGCGGUACCUGCGGCUCUGACGGUUGGGACAUACGCUACAAGUUACAACGCACAUGCCAUCAAUCAUGCCAUAGCAGCGCCGUAUGUGGCCGCCGCACCGGCGGCGAUUGCAGCUGCACCUGCAGCAAUCGCAACGGCGCCGUUCGCUUAUUCCGCUCUACCAGCCGCGUAUUCUGCUCUACCAUAUUCUACCGCAUAUUCCGCUCCGAUCAUCGCUGGACGACGUUGAAUACCAUCAAUCGUCGUUAGUUGGACCCAAUGAAACCUUGGCUUGAUUACAAAACGAGAAAAAUCGUUACCGACAUUAAUUUUGUCUACUAUUUAGUUUUUAUAUAUUGUAAAUACAGUCAGCAGUGUUCACAAAUCAAUAUACGAUUAUUAAUUCAUUAAA